AUGGAGCUGAUUAAUAACAUACAAAUGGAAAAUUUUGGUGUUGAUUCGAAUAUUUUGUGUACUACUGGGGUCUCAUCCUGCGUAGCUGCAUUAGUUGAACUUCAAGACAAAGUCUUUAUCUAUCACAUCGAUCCCAGUUGUUUCCAAAAAUCCACAACCGGCUCAAUAAAUCAUGGUCACAGUCUUUUGAUAAAAAUAUUUGACAAAAUAUGUCUAACAGAUGGACACGCAAGUGUUCAGAAGACAUAUUUAAUAGGUGGUUGGAAGAACGAUCAAUAUAAAAAACUGCGUGAUCAAAUUGAUUCAUUGUGUAGCAAUCCAUCAUCAGUGAUGGAUUACAAAUAUGCAUCAUCUUGCAGUUUUUAUUCGUUUAUUGAUUCCAUUAAAUUAAAUCUUAUUACAUUUAAUCUACCUCAAAAGUCACCAGAUGGUCGAGUAAAAAAAGAUGAUGAUGAUGAUGACGAUCCGAAUGAUUAUAUAAUGGAUUGUACAAUUAUCUUUGGUCGAUCAUCAGAUAACGUUUUGGUAAUUUACCAGUAUGAUGGUAGAGAACAUGAAAGGAAUUCUGACAAGCACCGGUCAUUAUUAUUAGGCACAUAUGUUAUCAAUGUCGUAUCACAUGAUAUAAAAGCAUAUUUAUUUGAUGAAAAACAAUCACUUUUAUCAUGA